CAUAUCACAUCACCCCCGGCUCUGUACUUACUAUAUAUCCCGCUCUCUCCGGCCUGGCGUCGCAGCGAUGCUUAGUACAUAGAGUCCCCCUCCCCAGAAUCCUCAAACCGUUAUACACUCACCCUAUGGGCCCCGGGUCCUGAGCUGGGCCCUUACUGCAUCCUGGCUAGCUGUGCGGUAAGUACCAGAGCCCGGGCUCCUCAGCAAUGAGCCGCCAAGCCACCGGCCAGGAGGAGGAGACACCCAGACAGGGAGCCAAGGGGCCACACACUCCCCCAAGAGGCAGACACAUGCAUCUACUACUCUGCCACUCUCUCACACACAGCUAGGAGGGCUGGGGGAGGGGCUCCGGCUAGAGGAGGAUACAAUGUAACAACAUGGACUGAUACUCGUAACAUUGUAACAUUGUAACAAUAACAAUAUGAUAACACAAUAAUAGAAAGAAAUAAUAGGAAAUCCAGGCUAGAAUAGCCGAGCUGUGACUCCAAAUGGAAAUCCAGGCUAGAAUAGCCGAGCUGUGACUCCAAAUGGAAAUCCAGGCUAGAAUAGCCGAGCUGUGACUCCAAAUGGAAAUCCAGGCUAGAAUAGCCGAGCUGUGACUCCAAAUGGAAAUCCAGGCUAGAACAGCCGAGCUGUGACUCCAAAUGGAAAUCCAGGCUAGAACAGCCGAGCUGUGACUCCAAAUGGAAAUCCAGGCUAGAAAAGCUGAGCUGUGACUCCAAAUGCAAAUCCAGGCUAGAAUAGCCGAGCUGUAUUUUUAAAUCAUCUAUUUUAGCCUAGAUUUUGCCAUUCUGAUUUCAAUGCAGAGUUUAACAAAUGAACCGUUCAGUGAAUUCAGUCAUUUUCACAUUUAAGGCCUAAAUUCCCAAUUUUGACCUAAAUUGUAAACGUCAACACAAGCUGAAUGUAUUUUCUAGAAUCACUAAAAAUGCAGAACCAGGUCAACUGCAAAAUUCAAACUCUGAAAUACCGAGCUGUGACACUCUACAUUCUACUCUAAAAUUCCGAGCUGUGACACUCUACAUUCUAUUCUAAAAUGCCAAGCAGUGACACUCUAAAUUCUACUCUAAAAUGCUGAGCUGUGACACUCUACAUUCUACUCUAAAAUUCCAAGCUGUGACACUUUACAUUCUAUUCUAAAAUGCCGAGCGGUGACACUCUACAUUCUACUCUAAAAUGCAGAGCGGUGACAUUCUACUCUAACAUAGCCGAGCUGUGACACUCUAUACUCUACUCUAAAAUGCUGAGCUGGGACACUCUACAUUCUACUCUAAAAGAGCCAAGCUGGGACACUCUACAUUCUGCUCUAAAAUGCCAAGCUGUGACACUCUACAUUCUUUUUUUUUUUUUUUAAUUCUUUAUUUUUGUCAUGCAUGUAUCAACAACACAUACACAGAGCCACAUCAGCUUCUGUGUGCAGCUUACAGCAUUUAACAUUGUCACAGGUUAAUACAGCACAUUUUUAAAGUUAAAGAGUAAUAAGACAUAAAAAUUUUUAAAAAAGGGGGAAAAAAAUAGACAAUUCUAGUAGCGGACAGUAAGGUGGAUAACACGCUGGACUCCAUUCUCAUUCGAAUUCAAAUUCCAUUCUACUGAGCAAUGGCAUUCUUGCUACUUUUUUGCUUAUUGAUCUAAGAAGGGACCCAUUAACUGUGUGAGAUGCCCCAAAAAAAUAUCAGGGGAUUGAUGAAUAUAACAAGUUAGUACAAUCGUAGUGCCUGGCCUCGUCAAGUAUGAUUAUAUAGCCUGCACUUGUCAAUCCCUGACAUAUGCCCCAUGAGUCCGCUAUCUGAAGAUAGGUGUUGAAAAGUGCGACUGUCAUAGCAGCUAUACCUUGAUCCCAUUCUACAGAAAAGCCCCACUCGCUCAUAAACUGCAUUGUUCAUCCAACCGUAACUUCGUAUUAAAGAGAGGUGAAAAAAGAAUAACGCCACCUCCCAUGGGGAGACCAGAGGGAGGGGAGUAAGAAUAAUAAAGAAGGAUGAGACUGAGUAAGGUAAAUUCCAUAGUGGAGAGGAAAAAAAAAGAGAAGAAAGAACAGCCAAGAGGUAGAGAGCAGAGAAGCUAAGGAGAGAGAGAGAAAAAAGAGAAGGGAGAGAGAAAGGAAGAGGGGGGAUGGGUGGGAGCUCCUUGCUACGUGGGGCCCUAUCCUCCACAGACACUCUACAUUCUAAUCUAAAAUGCCAAACUGGGACACUCUACAUUCUACUUUAAAAUUCCGAGCUGGGACACUCUAAAGUCUACUCUAAAAUGCCGAGCUGGGACACUCUACAUUCUACUCUAAAAGAGCCAAGCUGGGACACUCUACAUUCUACUCUAAAAUGCCGAUCUGUGACACUCUACAUUCUACUCUAAAAUGCCGAGCUGGGACACUCUACAUUCUACUCUAAAAGAGCCGAGCUGGGACACUCUACAUUCUACUCUAAAAUGCCGAUCUGUGACACUCUACAUUCUACUCUAAAAUGCCGAGCUGGGACACUCUACAUUCUACUCUAAAAGAGCCGAGCUGGGACACUCUACAUUCUACUCUAAAAUGCCGAUCUGUGACACUCUACAUUCUACUCUAAAAUGCCGAGCUGGGACACUCUACAUUCUUCUCUAAAAGAGCCGAGCGGUGACACUGUACAGGGGAGUUGGCCGAUUUCUUAUUUAGAUAUUUUGGCCUACAUUUUGCAGAUCAUCUUUCAUCUUGUUACACAUUAGUGUUUAAAUCAAUGACCACCCCCAUCAUUCGAUAAUGAUGAUAUUCAAGCUUUUCCUCAGUAUUUGGGUGAUAACGAGCUAAUCACAUUAUUUGUGUAGCUUCAGACUUUUCUUUAAUAUAAUUAGAAGCACUGGAUCAUUUUUCAAGAGUUUGCCAGAUUUCAGAUUACAUUUUUUUUACCAUUACCUCCCCGAAAAUUGCAUUUUUUUUUACGAAGGCAUUGCAGCAUCUUGGAUACAAUAAUAGCACUGGCGACAAGCUGGGUUAACUGGUAAGGCACCUUUUAAUUUUUUAGCAUCCAUGAACCACACAAAGCUCCGGGCAUAGUACCCAUUCCUUAGUGAAUAUGUGGGCGUCUCCUGAAUUUAAAUCUUUAUAGUGCUGACAGGAAACAGCAACAUUAUUACACGACUGCAGAGGGGUCAGUGAUCAUGUUUUGGCAGUGUCUUUACUUCCUCUUUUACUCUUACACCCUCUGCUAGUCUUCUCUUAAUCGACAAAAGUCACAUCUGCAUGGAUCCUGAUCUGUCGAUGUAACUUGUCGUCUAUAUAACUGUCCUAUCAAACUUUUGUAGCAUUUAGACACCACCGUACGGACACAGCAAGUGCUACAUGGCAGACCCAGCACAGGACGUGGAUAUCACAAACCUCUAAUGAUCUGAUGUAUCCAUUGAUUUGGUGCCAUACGGCCACAGCAAGGGCUACAUGGCAGACCCAGCACGGGACGUGGAUAUCACAAACCACUAAUGAUCCGAUGUAUCCAUUGAUUUGGUGCCAUAUGGACACAGCAAGGUCUACAUAGCAGACCCAGCACGGGACGUGGAUAUCACAAACCGCUAAGGAUCUGAUGGAUGUAUCCACUGAUUUGGUGCCAUACGGACACAGCAAGGGCUAUAUGGCGGACCCAGCACAGGACGUGGAUAUCACAAACCGUUAAGGAUCUGAUGUAUCCAUUGAUUUGGUGCCAUACAGACACAGCAAGGGCUACAUGGUGGACCCAGCACGGGACGUGGAUAUCACAAACCGCUAUUGAUCUGAUGUAUCCACUGAUUUGGUGCCAUACGGACACAGCAAGGGCUACAUGGCGGACCCAGCACAGGACAUGGAUAUCACAAACCACUAAUGAUCUGAUGUAUCCAUUGAUUUGGUGCCAUAUGGACACAGCAAGGUCUACAUAGCAGACCCAGCACGGGACGUGGAUAUCACAAACCGCUAAGGAUCUGAUGGAUGUAUCCACUGAUUUGGUGCCAUACGGACACAGCAAGGGCUACAUGGCGGACCCAGCACAGGACGUGGAUAUCACAAACCGCUAAUGAUCUGAUGUAUCCAUUGAUUUGGUGCCAUACGGACACUUUCUUAAAGCCGGGGUUGGGCCGGAAAAAAAUUGAAGAUCGUAAAAUAUACUUUGUGUCUGGAAGAGAUGUCUAAAUCCAUGCGGAAGGCCAUUCUGAUUGCUGAAAACAUCAGAGAGACCUGGCAGCCACUAACAGGAAAUAGUGCAAAUUUCUAAAACUGGAACAGUCUCCAUGGAUACCAACAGAAUUAGUAGAUGCGUUCUACUGGCUUCCAUGGUGAUUGCUCAUGUUGCGCAUGUUUACUGAGAAAUUUAGACAUAAAGUCUUCGUUUUUAAAAGAUUUGCCUGAUCACGUAUUUUUGCAGCUCGGAUAUUUUUGCAGUCUUGCGAUUGGUUAGUGAAUGCGUAGUGCAUGCCCUGCCCAGCAGGUAUCCUGAAUGUUCUCCUGAUUUAGAAAAUGAGAAGGCAGACAGGGUAGUGGCUCAAAUCAAGGUCAAAAGCAGAUUAUGAACACAUGAUAUCUGCUGGGAUUUUCUCAUUGCAUUCAUUAGGGAAGUUUUUAUCCUGUCUUGCAAAUCCCUCCGCUGCUUCCAUUCCGCACGGGGGUCUGUGUGAUUUUUGUGCCUUGAUAUCAGGGUGGGCUGAGCGACACUCGCCAUACAGCUGUUAUUACAUUGAAAUCCCACCAUGUGCACAUAGGGGGUUACAUGUAACAAAUGCUGGAUUCAGAUUCACACGCGCCGUUAUUCCACCUGUUAUACAUUGCUGCCUUUUCUGUAGAGCGGGGGGGAGGGGGGGGAAUCUUUCAGCUACUUUUUAUUCUUCGUUUUGAAUUUUUUUUCUUAAACAUUUUUCUCUUGAGAAUUUUACCAUUGAUUAUAUUCACUAAAUAAGUAGACAAUUCAGUGAUAUUAUUAGGAAAUGUUUAUACCCCAAAAAAUGAUUUAACUCCUAAAUGGCCGAGAAUUGAGACAGGGGCAUGAUCUAUACACCAAAACUACUUCAUUAAGCUAAAGUUGUUUUGGUACUUUAAGUGUUGUCCCUUUAAUUCUGAUAUUUGCAGGUAUCACUGAGGGGGACUCUGCACGCACAAGAAAUAGCUCCUAUCACAUUGUAUCAUUACAGCUUAUUGUGUUAUUUCUUUAUCUUUUUUGAUUAUUAUAAGUUCAUUUAUCAUUAGAUCAUAUGUAUUAUGGCAAUCUCAUUUAAUUGCAAUUUAAUAUUUAUGGUAUGCUUACAGCUCCUUGUAUCAUUACAGCUUAUUGUAUUAUUGCAAUGUAUCGUAUAGUUACAGCUCCUUGUAUCAUUACAGCUUAUUGUAUUAUUGCAAUGUAUCGUAUAGUUACAGCUCCUUGUAUCAUUACAGCUUAUUGUAUUAUUGCAAUGUAUAGUAUAGUUACAGCUCCUUGUAUCAUUACAGCUUAUUGUAUUAUUGCAAUUUAAGGUAUGCUUACUGCUCCUUGUAUCAUUACAGCUUAUUGUAUUAUUACAGUUUAUUGUAUCAUCACAACGUUUUAAAGUGGCGUGAUCACACAUGUAUGAACAUCUGGAUUCAGCCACGCCAAAUCACUCAAACUUUCACGGGUGGACAAAAUUACCGCUGGGUCAUUCAAUGCCACCAAAUUGACCCAUAUUGUCUCCAUAUGCUACAGCCAGUACAACAAGCUGUAAUAAUACAAUGAGCUGUAGUAAUAUGAUAAGCUGCAGUGGUUAUGGUGCUUGGAGUGUCUCUUUAAGGUCAGAAACGCUGGUGUGAACCUUGUAAGUAUGACCUUGUAUUAUUACUGUUUCCAUGAGCUGAACAAAUGAUGUUGUGAAUACUCAGCCUAAGAGCGAGACAAUAGCUGAAGUCGCACAGAACUUGUAAUCAGAAUAAAUAAAGGUUUGUGCUGUGCGCACUGCGCAGGGCGAUGUAUGCAAUCUUUAAUAGCUCUAUACUGCCACCUGGUGGUAGCUGAACAUACAUACAUGUCACCUGUCUACAUGGACAAUAAAAUCACACAUUGGAAAAAUAUUAUCAUUAUUAGCAAUUUGAUAUCAGUAUAUUCCACCAUGCUUUACAAUUCGUAGGUGACCGAUAAUAUAAAGUGAGCCAGGUCAAACAAUGUAUGAUUCCUAAAUUCAAAUAAUACAUUCUAAAUCGAAAAAAAUAUAUAUUUAUUAAUCAGUGGAGACGUUGCUUUGCAUACAAUUAUACAUUCCUGUUUGACAAUUCCUUUAUCGGGUGAUUGUGUUUGGAAAGUCUUGCUGAUCCUGAUUGCGAGUGAAUAUAUUAUUCGCCAGUAAAUUUGGAAUUUCUUUGUAAUUUCAAUUCACUUUCUAUUCUCUCUUUAGUAAGUAACCCUGUUAAUUUCUAAAUGGUAAACUAUAACCAAAUUGUAAAAAAAUAAUUUUAAUUCCAAAGCGGCUCUUUUCCAGCAAUGCCCUGUACUAUCCGUGGAAUUCAAUAAAGUGUUAUUAAUGUCCGGGAAUUCAAAGUGACUUCGAUACAUCUGGAUUAGGAAAAAUCUAAAACCAUCAGCAAUGUUAAGGUUCACCUGGAGACAAGAUUUAAGUUCACUCUGAAUUCCUGACAAUUACAUAAAUGUCUAAGUAUUUUUGAUAAGCAUCCUUAGAAGGAUGUGAGAACCCUUGAAAUCAAAGCUUGAGAAUGACCUUUUUUAUUUUAAUCAUCAUUUCUGAAUGAAACGUCAAGGUGACGCCCCUUGCGAUGAUGAUUGCUAUUAGCGUCCGUUUUCUGGAUGAGAAUAGAGUGUUAAUCAGCUGUCUCACAGAGGAAGAAUCACAUCUCAUUGUUAUACAGGAUGAAGAUGGGAGCAGAUCAUUCCUUGGUGGGAGCUCGGAGAUAGGAGGAUUAGAGCCCAAUAUAAUCCUUUCAUUAUUCCUUUAAUACGAAGAGUUCUUUAUUAUGAGAGAUUGCAUUAUCACUGGAUAAAAAGCGGACAUUCUUCCUGGCAGUAAAUGGAUUAGAGCAAUAUUUCAACCCAUCAAAAAACGUUAUGCUUUUUGUUAUAUGAACCAGGGAUCCCUGUAUGUUAAAUAUAGGAUCUAAAUAAGAGUAUUAGGGCUAAAAACCAAUACCUCCCAAGUGUCCCUAUUUUGGGCCCAAAUCCCUCUUUUCUAGGAGCUCCAUAUUGUUGGUGUGUCUGAGUGUAUAACAGAGCUCCACAGCAAUAAUACUCCCAGUAAUGUGUCUGUGUAUCACAGAGCUCCACAGCAAUAAUACUCCCAGUAAUGUGUCUGAGUGUAUAACAGAGCUCCACCACAAUGUAGUGGUGGAACUAAACUAGAAAGGGUAAAACGCAAAGAAAAAAAAAGGGGAGGAAAGUUACCUGCGCUCUCUCCUUAAUCCCUAUGUAUAUUUAGACAAAUGGAGGUCAUUUAGUUACUCCACUGGCCAUUGGAGGGAAUGCCCCCCUGCCAACGUCAAGGCAGACCCCCCUAAAGCGGGUCCUACACUGACCUUUCACCUUGCUUCCUUGAGCUUCUGGCAAAGAUAUCUCUAAUGAGACAGAGAGGGGUAUUUUUUAUAUACACCCCUAUAUACUUAUUAACCCUUAAUAGGGAACACAUGGGAUGGGCGGCAGCAUUGUAACCUAGCUGUGUGAUACAAAGUAAAUACAAAUAGAAAAAGAUAAGUCCUGCGCUCACUCCCAUCACUACUGGGCCGGCAGCAAUGACUACAGUACACAUCAGCCCCAAUAUAUAGUAAAAACCAAAGAAAAACGUUUUUUACUAUAUAUUGGGGCUGAUGUGUACUGUGGUCGUUGCUGCCGCCCAGGAGUGAUGGGAGUGAGUGCAGGACUUAUCUUUUUGUAUUUGUAUAAACUAGAAAGGGUGCGGGUGCAAUGCUUCUUUAGGGCCCCGCUAUCGGAAGUUCCCCAUCUGUCAUAGAACUCCAACAAUGCUUUGACAGUUGUGGAUCUAUCAUUGUCCCAUGCUUGCAAUGAGCAGUGUUUGUGUGUUUGAAUGUAAGCAUGUUUUGUAUGGAGUAUGUGUGUGUGAAUGUAGGGGUGUGUUCGUAUGUGGUGCUGGCAUUUGAAUGCAAGCAUGUAUUUAUGUGUAUGCAGGGGUGUGUUUAUAUAUAAUUUUGGUGUUUUUAACACAGGUGUGUUUGUAUGUAGUAUUAAUGUUUCAAUGCAGGAGUGUGUUUGAAUACUGAGAUGUAUGCACAUAUACACAUACACUGCCCCACACACUGUGAUACACAAGCAGAUAUACAGAUACACAGACUGACACAGAUACACAACCUGAAACACACAUGCAGAUACAAAAAAAUACAAACACUGACUACAGAUAGAUACACAGAUACACACACUGACACACAUACAGACAGAUACACAAACUGACACAUGCAGAUACACAGGCACACAUAUACAAACUGUGAAACAAAUGCAGAUACAUAGACACACAGAUACACACACUGACUACAUAUAGAUACACACAAUGAGAACAUACAGAAACACACUGACACACAUACAGAUAGACAGACAGAUACAAACAAUAAUACACAGAUACACACACUGACACAUGCAGAUACACAUUGAUCACAUAUAGAUACACACAAUGAGAACAUCCAGAUACACACACUGACACACAUACAGAUACACAGAUACACAACCUGACACACAUGCACAUACACAGGCACACAGAUACCAUCACUGACACACAUGCAGAUAGACAGACAGAAUGAUACAAACAAUGACACACAGAUAUACACACUGACACAUGCAGAUACACACUGACCGCAUAUAUAUACUUAUAUAUAUAUAUAUAUAUAUAUAUAUACACACAUAAACAUACAAUGAGAACAUACAAUGCAUUCAGAUACACACACGUAGAUACAAAUAUACAUACACUGAAUACAUAUAGAAACACACAAACAGACACACAAAUACACAACCUGACAAAAAUGCAGAUACACACUGACCGCAUAUAGAUACACACACACACACACACACACACACACACGAGAACAUACGGAUACACACAGACACUGACACACAUAGACACACAUACAGAUAGAGAACCUGACACACAUGCAGAUACACAGAUACAUGCUGACUACAUAUAGAUACACCAACACACACUGACACACAUACAGAUACACACACGGACAACAUACAGACACAUACUGACAGACGUACUGACACAGAGACAUAAAAUAUCUCUUUCUAAAAUAUAUUACUGUUCCAUUAAGGAUUAUCAGUAGGUCAUGAAGUCACCUUAAAUAUCCAGGAAUAACCCAGGUCCUUCCCACACCCCCUAAAUAUAAAGUGGCCCUCUUUUACAAUGUGUAAAUGUAGUGGAAACAAUGGGCAGAGGUAACAGGGGUUCGGGGGAGACAGUGUCAAAUACUGAGUAAAGCUGUGAAUAGCCUCGGUUACCAGCCAUCAGAUCCACACAGGUCAGUGGUAUGUAGCAUUCACACACUGUAGGAUCAUGCAUUAAUUGACCAGGUUGGUUCCUUUCAUAUUAACACGAGCAAAGUCAGCAGAUUUAUAAAUCUAUGUGAAAAUAUUUGUAAUUCUGCUCUCUGAGAUAAAUGACUCUGUAUCCCGUGAUUUCAUUGGGUGCAAAUUCAUAUUUUACAACCAAUCUCUUUAUAGAUUUUAAAGCCUCAAAUAUUUAUUUUAAAAUUAUUCAUAUUGUGUUAUAUCUACUAUUACAGGUAACGUUUCUUUUCCUGGUCUCUGGGGUCUGAUCUUAUCCCAUAACCUCUUAUCUAGCAGAGGUUUAUGGGAUACGUAGUUUAUCCUCCCUGAAGUUCUAGCCAUGACACAUUACUGACCGUUAUUGGUAUCUGCUCUUAGUGUUUGUAAUUUGACAACAGAUUACCGCUGUGUCUGUCAUUUUACCCAUUCACUAAUGUCUGACGCAAAUCAUGCAUGCGUUAUGGAAUCUGUUGGCGCUAUAUAAAUGGCAAUAAUAAUAAUAAUGCAUGCAGCGGUUAUGGUCCUUAAAGAAUCCUUUUAAGUAAAAACACAACUUUGCAAUCUGGCUUCCAAUAUACAUAUUUAAAUUAAAAACUGCGUUGAAAGGCAAAUGGGAUAAAGUUCACGGCGUUGUCCCUUAUACUGUCAAUGAAUUAUCUAGACUUUGGACAUUGGUGUUUUGUGUGAUCAGUAAAGAAAAAAAAAAAAAACAGGCUAAUAUUUUAACCCCUUCAUAUCCAGCUUGGUGUGAUCUGGAUUGAUUAUAAAUACUUGGAAAAUCUGGUGUGAUUAAAUCUGGGAUAUCAAAUGUAUCUUUAUUGGAGUCAAUUAUUAAAAAAAAUCUGUUACAUCAGAGUCAAUGCUACUCUAUAAGGUGUUUUUUACUUAUGUGCCCUCCCAGCCCCCCAGUCCCACAUUAAGAAUGAUUUUGCAAACAUUUCUUUUACCCUCUGUCAAAAUACAUAGAAACAUUUUUAAAACUGCUGAAUUGCUAUUUUAUUGCAUUAUCUUUAAUUCAGCUAUUUUUUUCCUUCAAGUUCCUGUUUUUAGUACAUUCUGUUUUUGGAACUUAUCACAGUUACGUUCCUUGUGCCAUUUUUUUGUCCCUACCACCUCAGCUGAGAGCAAUGCAUUGCAACUACACCAAUCACAAUAGGAAAUAGCACUUCCUAUGAAUACCCCUUUAUUUUCCUCCCUGGGAUAUAUUUGCCCAUAAUACAGCACUGCAGAAUAUGUUGGCGAUAUAUUACUAAAUAUAAUAAUAAUGAUCAUAAUAUUAAUGUAUUUUGUCCUUUUAUGUCAGAUCACUAAGAACCUCCCAGAACUGCCAUAAAAGCGAGCCGUGUUCUUAUUGAAUAUGAAGCAAUAAAUAUAGAGGAAGUAAGGAUCUCUUCUCUCCUUUGACCUAUUUGAGUUUGUACAUUCAUUAUUCGAGAGCCAAGCCGGGACACAGACAUGAAACGGCGGGAUCCUCCAAAUAAAGGGGCCACUGGGAGACCAUUACAUGGCAGAGGCUCGGAGACAAAAUCCCAGACAAAGCAGCCGCAUUUCUCAAAAAAUAAGAAAAGGUAAAAUGAUUUUUAUUUACAUUCCCACAUCACAAAAACACUUAUUCACGAGACAGCAAAUUAUGGCGGGCUGAGAGACAAAUAGCAAAUUAUAGACUGAAAUCUCCAAACUGGGGGAAAAACAUCAAUAUCUGUCUUUUUCCCAUUUCCUCUGCUUUGCUCUAAAUUUUACAGAACAUUCUAUAAUGACUGUCACAUGCGUGCUAACCAUGAAUGUAUUCGCUGUCCUACUUUGCUGAUUGUGCGCGUGGACUAUCGGCCCCUGAUAUUAAAGUGUAAACACAAAUUAUUGGAAACGCUUUUUUAACUCGCGAUAUAGACAUGUUUCAUUCUUCUGCGCCAGUGCAUGAAUGAUUGUUUUUAAGCUCUACGUAUAAAUAAAUUCAAACAUAUCUCAUUGUCCAUGAGUGUCAUGUACAAAUGUUUCAGUUUAAAAUACAAUUAGCAAUAGCGGUUUAUUUACUGAAUUGGGAAUUGUCCAAAAUGAAUGAGGGAAUUCACAUUUUAGACCCUUGCAGACAAUCUGGGGAAAUAGCCGUACCGAGCAACAUUCUUAUUCCGUUACUCUCCCCCAAUAUUCGCAUUUCCCUGGUCAGCUCUGCAGGGUACUCAGGUUAGUAAACAAAACCUCACGACGUAUUCUGUGAGGAGUUACACCGAUUGUGCGUGAUGCGAACAUGUCUGUAAAUAUACCGUUUUCAAACUGAAUGGCGAAACGUGGACUCAAUAUUUACUAAACAAUUCUGCAGAAUUAGGCCAAAAUAGCUGAACUUAAUAACAUUUUCUAUUUCAGCUUUUCGGCCUUAAAUAUAUUUAAUACAUCUGCGAAUAAAUGUACCUUUUUGUUGGGGAUAACAAGAUUGUGAUAUAAUUAACUGUAAAGCUUUUUACAAUUUGUGCCAUUUUAUAACCUUUUAUGAAAUUCACUGUAUUGGCUAAAUAUUUCCCAGAAUGCAAUCUGUGGAACAGGGGUGUUUAUAUGUUUUAAUUGUUGAUAUAAAUCUGAUUUUAAAAUGUGGGUGUUUUUCAGAAAAGAUAUGUUAUUUUUUUUCCAUUUCCCAUGUUCUCCUUGAUGAAACGUGUUUAUUUAAUAUUUCGUUAUUUUCCAAUAAUACGAUAAGAUACUAUUUAAUUAUACUGUGCAGAUCUAAUAUUGCUUUUAUUUAAUUAUUUUGCGCAAAUAUAUCAUUUUGAGACGCUCUAUAUGGUAAUGAAACAGUUAACAGAAAGAAAACCUUAUUGUGGUAACCAUGUCAGGUGACUUUAUUCUCAUGUGAUUUCUGUGUUAAUGUGACAUUAAAAAAAGUUUUGUUAAGACAGUUUUCACAUCCUGUUCCUCCUUUCCUUCUGAUUAAGAAUAUAUGACAUCCCUGGCUGGUUAAAAAUCUGAGUUCAGUUUGUUUUUGCUAAUUUCAUUGUGUUAAUGUUUGAAUUAAUUGCAGACCUGGAGGUUAAGUGCAGUAGACAUUCUACAGCAAAGGAAGUCACAUUUGCAACUUUUUGAAGGGAAUCGUGUGAUAUUUUUUAUAUAACCCCCCCUCCCCCCCAACGCACAGGUUCACCUACAACAAGAAAACAAAAUAGGAGCUAGAGGGAGCUGAGAUUAGAUAACUGCUCAGUGUUUUCAACAAAUCAUACUCCAGGUAGAAUUCAGAUCAUCGUCAGUGACCAGAAAUUGAUCAGACGAGGAUAAAGUAAUGGCCGCCCCCUGUGUUUUCUAAAAUGCCGCAUUCCUGGACAAAAAAGUUAAAGUAUGCAUGUUCCAUCAGUUUUAUUCUAUAGGAGAACACAGUUAGAGAAUGCUGAAUAUUUAACUUAUGAAAUAUAUGUUUUAUUUUUAGUCCUUAAAGAACUCUCCAUUGUGUAGCUGAUCGGAGGCGACCAUUAGUUUUAAACAUUUUCUGAUCGUUAACCACAAGUUAAAUUCCAUCAGAUUUCUCAUUGGGUGAAAACAUCCAGUAUCCAAGGGUUACAUAUACAAUGUAUUUCAAAAUAUAUUUUAAUAAGCAUUCCAAUCUCCUUGGAAUUGUCCAUAAAAUGAUGAUGUAAGCGCUGGUAUAUGAUGUCAUAUUCCAGUUCUGUUUUAGGGCACCGCAGAAUGCGUUAAGGCCCUCAGUCUAUCUGUGUGUUGGCAAGUCGUAUAACAAUAUUUAUUCCCUCCUAGAUCUUCGUCUUGGUGGCUUACCUGCUUGAAAAUCUUUGGGUUGAGUCUUCUGGUGGUCUAUGUUACCGUCCCAUUCAUCAUUAGGCUGUUCCCAGUAUUGCUCGCCAAGGUAGUUUAUUUAAACAUGGGUAAGUAUUUAAUGACUUGAGAACAUCCUAUAGCAAUGAAUAACAGGCAGGGUUUACAGGAAAACUCAAACCGUUUAGAUAUUUCUUUAAACCUAUGAUUCUCCUUUUGUGCCAACAGUAUUAUAUCAAGAAUAUGUUUUUGUUUAGAAAAUGUUUUUUUUUGUGCAAAAAGUGGGAUGUAUUAUAUUAAUGCUGACAUUAUGUCUAUUUACACAAAUCACUGAUUAGGAAUAGAAUACCUGUAGUCUCCCUUCACACAUGAGAAAUUAUUACAUUAAUUAUAUUCCAUUUUAUUGAUAACUCAAAGUUAGCUCUCAAUAUUUUUACUAUAAAUACAGUAAAGUGUACAUUUGCUCUUCAAAUAAUUAUUGGGUUUUUAUUAUUGGCAAACAGAAGCUGCUUUCGGAUUUUUUAUCUUCUUGAGAUCUGACGAUGGCGAUUUUAUGUGGACAAAAUACAAAGAUUAAAAUAUUGUGGAUGAAAGGAGUAUUUUAUUUAUUAUUUAGUCAAAAUCAAAACAUUUUUUUUUUUUUUAAAGAUAUCCUACUUCAUCAUGAUUCUGUUAUUAUUAGUCAUGAUUCUGUUAUUAAUAUUGGUAUAAUUUUGUUAUUAUUAUUGUCAUGAUGCUGUUAUUACUAUUGUCACGAUACUGUUACUGUUAUUGUCAUGAGGCUGUUAUUGAUAUUGGUAUAAUUUUGUUAUUAUUAUUGUCAUAAUUCUGUUACUGUUACUGUCAUGAUUCUGUUAUUAAUAUUGUUAUGAUUUUGUUAUUAUUAUUGUCAUGAUGCUGUUAUUACUAUUGUCACGAUACUGUUACUGUUACUGUCAUGAUUCUGUUAUUAAUAUUGUUAUGAUUUUGUUUUGUUUUUUAUUAUUGUCAUGAUGCUGUUACUGUUAUUGUCAUGAGGCUGUUAUUAAUAUUGGUAUAAUUCUGUUAUUAUUAUUAUUGUCAUAAUUCCGUUACUGUCAUGAUUCUGUUAUUAAUAUUGUUAUGAUUUUGUUGUUAUUAUUAUUGUCAUGAUUCUGUUAUUAAUAUUGUUAUGAUUUUGUUGUUUUUUUAUUAUUGUCAUGAUGCUGUUAUUAUUAUUAUUGUUAUAAUUCUGUCUCUGUCAUUGUCAUGAUUCUAAUAUUUUCAUUGUUAUGUGUAUUAUCCUGAAUAUAUCUUAGUUUGGAGUUAGGACCCGGGGAAUGCUGAGAAUACUGUAUGUGAUAGACUGUAUGGGUUUGGUUGUACUAGUCUAGAUUGCAUUAGGCCGGUUAGUAGACAUGGAUCUAGCUGUCUUCCCAGGAUGAAGAGUAAUUUAAGAGCAUUUGCCUCCAGCUGGUUAAUGGGGGAAACGGAGCAAGUUUAAAAAAUUAAUUGUUCUUGCAGAGUGAUCACACUUAUCAUUUUAUUAUCAAGUCUCUAUAUAUCUCAGGUUAAGGCUUUUUCACGCUGAAGAAUAAAACUAAGUUAUUUAACUGUUUUAUUUUUUAUUUUAGAGCCAUAACCAUGGGGUCCCUAUGGACAGUUCUAGUACUCUGUGGCCUACCAGGGGUACCUUCUAAUUAGGGACACCCCACUUUUUCCAGAGUUUGCAGAAAUGGAACUAAACAAGCACAAAACAAUAUCUGUGUUGUGCUUAAAUUGUUACAAAAAGUUAAAUCGUUAAAAAUAAUUUGAUGAGGACCCCUUGGGUGCAAGGACUGUUAGAGGGCCCCUGGCAGUCUCUCUCUUUCUCUCUCUCUCCGUCUCAGAGCUCUAUGUUGACUAUCUAGUUGACUCUGAGCUCUGUUAAUCGAGACCCGUCUAUGAUUGCCCUGUGUUCCCCCUCUCCCUCAUACAGAUGCCAAUGUCUGCAAAUAGUUGGACGGUGUGUAGAGCGUGUCUGAUUAUCUAUUUGUGUUCUGAGUUGAGCUAUGUCCAUGGUGCAUUCUGAGUGACCACUCUGCUUUUAUUAUCUUUCAGUGAAGGUCCCAUUUUUUGUUGAUACAAGGCAGCCCGGAGAGAUCCUGAAUCACACCACCAGUUUCUACCUCACACCCGAAGAAGGGAUCACUGUGGGCGUCUGGUAAGAGACAUCUACGUCAACUGACAUGAUUGAUAUAACUAGUAAUUUAUUAUAACUAAUAACUCACACUCCAUCAUGGCUGCUGAUGGAUUUGAAAGAACUAAUCUAAACUAACUUGAAGAUGUAAACAAUAAAGAACAAAUGCAUUGCUGGUUCUGUAGUGGUGACAGCGGGUAUUGCUGGGUCUCUAGUGGUGACAGUGGGUAUUGCUGGUUCUGUAGUGGUGACACUGGUUCUGUAGUGGUGACAGUGAGCAAUGCUGGGUCUCUAGUGGUGACAGUGGGUAUUGCUGGGUCUCUAGUGGUGACAGCGGGUAUUGCUGGAUCUGUAGUGGUGACAGUGGGUAUUGCUAGAUCUGUAGUGGUGACAGUGGGUAUUGCUGGGUCUGUAGUGGUGACAGCGGGUAUUGCUGGAUCUGUAGUGGUGACAGUGGGUAUUGCUGAGUCUCUAGUGGUGACACAGUGGGCAGUGGUGACAGUGGGUAUUGCUGGGUCUCUAGUGGUGACAGCGGGUAUUGCUGGAUCUGUAGUGGUGACAGUGGGUAUUGCUGAUCUGUAGUGGUGACAGUGGGUAUUGCUGGGUCUGUAGUGGUGACAGCGGGUAUUGCUGGAUCUGUAGUGGUGACAGUGGGUAUUGCUGAGUCUCUAGUGGUCACAGUGGGCAUUGCUGGGUUUCUAGUGGUGACAGUGGGUAUUACUGGAUCUGUAGUGGUGACAGUGGGUAUUGCUGGAUCUGUAGUGGUGACAGCGGGAAUUGCUGGGUCUCUAGUGGUGACAGUGGGUAUUGCUGGGUCUGUAGUGGUGACAGCGGGUAUUGCUGGAUCUGUAGUGGUGACAGUGGGUAUUGCUGGGUCUCUAGUGGUGACAGUGGGCAUUGCUGGGUUUCUAGUGGUGACAGCGGGUAUUGCUGGGUCUGUAGUGGUGACAGCGGGAAUUGCUGGGUCUGUAGUGGUGUUGGUGGGUAUUGCUGGGUCUCUAGUGGUGACAGUGGGUAUUGCUGAGUCUAGUGGUGAAAGUGUGUACUUCAGAGCCUCUAGUGGAGUUGGUGGGUAUUGCUUGGUCUCUGUGUGGAAGGAAAAGACUGUGGAAGGAAAGACUGAUAUUUCUAUAUUACACUGUAUAUUUGGUUAGUGAUAUAUAUCCCAUUGGAAGGCCCGGGAUGAUAACAGAUCUUAUGUCUCAUUGUCUUGCUGAGUUGGCUGGGGUACAUUUAUUAAUUGUGUGUUUUUCCCCUAUAGGCAUACUGUGCCCACCAGCAGGGCAGAAGAGGCGAAAGGCAAGGAUCAGAGCUGGUACGAAGCUGCUCUGUCAGAUGAGAACCCGGUCAUAAUUUAUCUCCAUGGAAACGGGGGGACCAGGUGAUUAUGUUAACAAGCAAUGUGGGCAGUUUUAAGCUCUCAUUGUAUUACUGGUUAACAUUCCCUUACAUUAAUGACUUUAUUUAAUGAAAUUCCAUGUUAAUGGCUCCUGUUUCCUUGUAGAAUAGUAUUUCUAAAACAAUAUACACUGCUCAAAAAAAUAAAGGGAACACGAAAAUAACACAUCCUAGAUCUGAAUGAAUUAAAUAUUCUUCUGAAAUACUUUGUUCUUUACAUAGUUGAAUGUGCUGACAACAAAAUCACACAAAAAUUAAAAAAUGGAAAUCAAAUUUUUUAACCCAUGGAGGUCUGGAUUUGGAGUCACACUCAAAAUUAAAGUGGAAAAACACACUACAGGCUGAUCCAACUUUGAUGUAAUGUCCUUAAAAUAAGUAAAAAUGAGGCUCAGUAGUGUGUGUGGCCUCCACGUGCCUGUAUGACCUUCCUACAAUGUGCAUACUCAUGAUGAGGUGGCGGAUGGUCUCCUGAGGGAUCUCCUCCCAGACCUGGACUAAAGCACCUGCCAACUCCUAGACGUGACGUUGGUGGAUGGAGCGAGACAUGAUGUCCCAGAUGUGCUCAAUUGGAUUCAGGUCUGGGGAAUGGGCGGGCCAGUCCAUAGCAUCAAUGCCUUCGUCUUGCAGGAACUGCUGACACACUCCAGCCACAUGAGGUCUAGCAUUGUCUUGCAUUAGGAGGAACCCAGGGCCAACCGCACCAGCAUAUGGUCUCACAAGGGGUCUGAGGAUCUCAUCUCGGUACCUAAUGGCAGUCAGGCUACAUCUGGUGAGCACAUGGAAAGCUGUGCGGCCCCCCCAAAGAAAUUUCCACCCCAUUACUGACCCACUGCCAAAACGUCUGUCACAUGUGCUCAGUGUGAACCUGCUUUCAUCUGUGAAGAGCACAGGGCGCCAGUGGCGAAUUUGCCAAUCUUGGUGUUCUCUGGCAACUGCCAAACAUCCUGCACGGUGUUGGGCUGUAACCCUCAUGGAGUUUGUUUCUAACCGUUUAAGCAGACACGUGCACAUUUGUGGCCUGCUGGAGGUCAUUUUGCAGGGCUCUGGCAGUGCUCCUCCUGUUCCUCCUUGCACAAGGGCGGAGGUAGCGGUCCUGCUGCUCCUCCACGCCUCACGUCUCCUGAUGUACUGGCCUGUCUCCUGGUAGUGCCUCCAUGCUCUGGACACUACGCUUACAGACACAGCAAACCUUCUUGCCACAGCUCGCAUUGAUGUGCCAUCCUGGAUGAGCUGCACUACCUGAGCCACUUGUGUGGCUUGUAGACUCCGUCUCAUGCUACCACUAGAGUGAAAGCACGGCCAGCAUUCAAAAGUGACCAAAACAUCAGCCAGGAAGGAAUUGGAACUGAGAAGUGGUCUGUGGUCACCACCUGCAGAACCACUCCUUUAUUGGGGGUGUCUUGCUAAUUGCCUAUAAUUUCCACCCAUAGGCGUGCGCAUGGGGUGUGCCGGGUGUGCCUGGGCAUACCCUAAUCCCCGCGGCACGCCUAUGUAUAUUGAGACCGGCAGGGGAGAUCUCAGGAUCUCCCCUGUCGGCUCAGGCAGAGCCGGCGCUAUCCGAGCGCCGGCUCUGCUCUCAGCCUCCCUCCCCACUGACCCACAUGCAGGGAGGGAGGCAGGAGAGGAGCCGGCGGAGCUCUUGCCGGCAGCUCCGCCGGGUUCCUCUCGCGAGAUAUGAGCGUUGCCACGGCAACGCUCAAAUCUCGCGAGAGUGAACUCUAGCCCCACAGGGGGCUGGAGUUCACUCUCCACUGGACCACCAGGGAUCACAGCAGCAAGGAUCCCCUCCUCCACUGGACCACCAGGGAAGGAAGCAGCAGCACGAUCCCCCCUCCCUAUAAAAGGUAAGAAGGGAGGGGGGAUAGCAAAUAAUGUACCCCCACCUCCACCCCCCACAAUCACCCACCCACACACAUACAACACACAUACAGCACCCACACACAUUCAGCACCCAUAGACAUACACAGCACCCACACACAUUCAGCACACACAGACAUACACAGCACCCACACACAUUCAGCACCACACACAUACAGCACCCACACACAUACAGCACCCACAGACAUACAGCACCCACAGACAUACACAGCACCCACAGACAUCCAGCACCCACAGACAUACACAGCACCCACAGACAUACACAGCACCCACACACAUGCAGCACCCACAGACAUACACAGCACCCACACACAUUCAGCACCCACAUACAUUCAGCACCCACAGACAUACAGCACCCACAAACAUACACAGCACCCACAGACAUACACAGCACGCACCCAUACACAGCACCCACAGACAUACACAGCACCCACACACAUACAGCACCCACAGACACACACAGCACUCACAGACAUACACAGCACCCACACACAUACAGCACCCACAGACAUGCACAGCACCAACACACAUACAGCACCCACACACACAUACAGCACCCUCACAAACACACACAGCACCCUCACAAACACACACAGCACCCUCACACACAGCACACAAACAGCACCCUCACACACACACAGCACACUAACAGUACCCUCAAAAACACAAACAGGACCCUAACAAACACACACACAGCACACUACCAGUACCCUCACACACAAACAGCACCCUCACACACAGUACAUUAACAGCAUCCUCACAAGCACGCACACACAAACACCCUCACCCACGUAGCACACUACCAGCAUCAUACAUAUAUAUAUAUAUGCGGCGUGUGCUUGUGCUUUAUGGUGCACACCCUAAUGCAAUAGGCUGCGCACGCCUAUGUUUCCACCUGUUGUCUAUCCCAUUUGCACAACAACAUGUGAAAUUGAUUGUCACUCAGUGUUGCUUCCUAAGUGGACAGUUUGAUUUCACAGAAGUGUGAUUGACUUGGAGUUACAUUGUGUUGUUUAAGUGUUCCCUUUAUUAAAGGAGGACAACACAGCUAUAAAGCAUUGUUAAUGUUAUUUAUGUGUGUUAAAUGAGGAGGAGACUAUAUUUAAAAGAAGAAAAACUACCACAACAAGAGGACAUAGUCUUAAAUUAGAGGGAUAAAGGUUUAAAAAUAAUAUCAGGAAGUAUUACUUUACUGAGAGGGUAGUGGAUGCAUGGAAUAGCCUUCCAGCUGAGUGGUAGGGUUAACACAGUAAAGGAGUUUAAGCAUGUGUGGGAUAGGCAUAAGGCUAUCCUAACUAUAAGAUAAGGCGAGGGACUAAUGAAAGUAUUUAGAAAAUUGGGCAGACAUAAGGCUAUCCUAACUAUAAGAUAAGGCGAGGGACUAAUGAAAGUAUUUAGAAAAUUGGGCAGACUAGAUGGGCCGAAUGGUUCUUAUCUGCCGUCACAUUCUAUGUUUCUAUGUGUUGGCCCCGGGGCGGCCCUCCUUGGACAGGCUGCUUGUUGUCUGUUCCAUGACACAGAACGUGCCAGAUCCACUGUAUGGCCCUCCUAUUGGUGGGACAUUAAAAGUUCUGCCUGUUACUGCGUUAAGUUUGUAUGUUACAGGAGGAAAACCAAUUAAAGAGGGAUCCCAAAGAACGUUCCUUCAUUAUUGGGGAGAUACUCCCUGUGACAACGUGUAAAUUCCUCAUACUGUGGGGCAGCACUCGUAUGUCUCUCCUCAUAGCUUGUUUCAAGUGUUCUGAAAAACAUGUGGAUCUGUCAGCUGUACACAUAGAGGACCCAGCACAUGAUACUUAAAUAAUAUUGGGGACAAUAUUAAAUAAUAUGGGGGUCAUCUGCACAUAUAGAGGACCUAGCUGUCUCGGAGUAUAACCCUAACACGCAGAGUUUAGGAUAACAAGGAAUGGACAAAGGAAAUAUAAACAUCUUACUGGGCCUUAGAGUGGCCGGACUAAAUAUUAGACAGAUUAAAGCGUAGUCAAAAUAUGAUCCAAGGUCAGGGUAAUGGAGUGACAGCUAAAACAAGGGCAAUAUUAAAUAAUAUGGGGGCAAUAUUUAAUAAUAUGGGGGCAAUAUUAAAUAAUAUUAGGGGCAAUAUUGCUUAAAGGAACAAUCUAAGCAGCAUAGACACUUCAGCCCCCUAAUGUGGUUAUGGUGCCAGUACUGCCUCUGUACCAUCCCAGGGUAAUUCGGCAAAUCAUUUUAGAAAGGUUUGACAGAUUCCUGGGUCCCGCAGACUGUUGCGCUGGAUCUGGCUCACUUUUGCAGGAGAACCUCAAUGUCAUCACUGAGCUAAGGAGGUCCAACAUAGGGCUGCGCUCUAGAGUGCUCAGCUAACGUCCUUAGCCAAUGAGAACAGCCCUACACAUCCGCAUGGCUAGACCAUAGCAAAUACCUGAGGGGCUGUUUAUUCUAAUAAAUUGCAAUGGAAGUUUUAUAGAUCAGCUUCCUAAUGCCAUCUGCCCUCCUCAGCCUGUGAUCCCUGACAUCAUCCCAAGAGAGGUAGCUCCAUCUAGCUAUUAAUUCUGCUGAACUGGGGUUCUGUUUUCCCAGAUUUUCUGUACAAGUUGAUUAUCAAACUCCCUGUUUAGUAAAUGGGCACCUAAAGGUCAGUUACAGAGCGUGUCCAGAGAUUUCUAUGGAUUUUGACAUAAUUCUCUUUUUUAUUUUCGUUUACAGGGCUGUAGACCACCGAGUGCAGCUUAUGAAGGUGAAUACUGUUAUAAUCUAUAAUAUAUAAUAGCUGUUAUAAUCUAUAAUAUAUAAUAGCUGUUAUAAUAUAUAAUAUAUAAUAGCAGUUAUAAUCUAUAAUAUAUAAUAGCAGUUAUAAUCUAUAAUAUAAUCUAUAAUAUAUAAUAGCAGUUAUAAUCUAUAAUAUAUAAUAACUGUUAUAAUCUAUAAUAUAUAAUAACUGUUAUAAUAUGCAGAAUUGUCCUUUUUUUAGAAUUAUUAGAAAAAUUAACUCACAGGUCUGUGUGGAAGGGGUUAAAUUGCUCUUUUUUUGUUUCACAUGAAAAUUCUACCAACCUGUUAAUAAAAUAUUUAUAGCCAGAGUCAAAGUAUUCUUUUCAAUUUAAAACAAUUUAUUGAAAAAUUACGAAUACGUUCAUUUUUAUCCAUCAGGUCUAUUUAUAACCAAAUUUUAUUUUUUACUAUGUGAAAUAGGACUAAUGCAUUUUGUUUCAGGCAUUAAGUCGUAUGUAGGUGGAAAAAGAAACCUCACUUAUAAAGCUAAAAUAAAGGAUUCACAUUGAAAAUAGUUUUUGUCACUUUAUAUCAGCGCUACAUUUUAAAAGUGUAGACAUUCCAGAUACUGUACACUGCAUCCUUUACUGAUAGGAUUUAUAAUAUAAUGAAUCUUGAAUGCGGUACCCCUUAAUCCCAAGCACCCCUAAACCUGCACCCCCUAAAAUCUAACUACCGCUAACCAUAGUGAUAGCAUUUAAAAUGGCGUCGUUAUGUAGGGCGUUGUAAUAUCACCUCCCAUCUAGAACGACUGCUUAUUAAUUCAAGCAAUUCAUGCGUGUGCAUAUAUAUUUUAAUCAAAAUUGCUAUCUAUCAGCAUAUAUAUAUUUAAAAAAACAAUUAAAUAAAGAGGAAUGUGAAAGUAUAUGCUGGUGAAAUAGCUCAGUGGAUACAGCUCCAUUUGCCGUAUCUCAGAGUCACAUAUUUAAUUUCCAGCUUUCUGAACGUGGCCUUUCGUCCUUCCGAGACGUUUAACAUGAGUUCCAUACUCUUACUUUGAUUGGUCGGCUGUGUUUAGCCCCUCCGUUCACAGCCUUAAUUAUACAUCUGCCACUUGCCCCAAUGUAAUGCAAUCAUAUAAAGAAUGCCGAAACCACCCGGACUCUCAGAGUUACCCGGUCAGUGUGAUAUUGUUGUGAGUUACACGGUCAGUGUGAUAUUGUUGUGAGUUACGCUGUCAGUGUGAUAUUGUUGUGAGUUACUCGGUCAGUGUGAUAUUGUUGUGAGUUACGCGGUCAGUGUGAUAUUGUUGUGAGUUACGCUGUCAGUGUGAUAUUGUUGUGAGUUACGUGGUCAGUGUGAUAUUGUUGUGAGUUACACGGUCGGUGUGAUAUUGUUGUGAGUUACACGGUCAGUGUGAUAUUGUUGUGAGUUACGCUGUCAGUGUGAUAUUGUUGUGAGUUACACGGUCAGUGUGAUAUUGUUGUGAGUUACGUGGUCAGUGUGAUAUUGUUGUGAGUUACACGGUCGGUGUGAUAUUGUUGUGAGUUACGCUGUCAGUGUGAUAUUGUUGUGAGUUAUGCGGUCAGUGUGAUAUUGUUGUGAGUUACUCGGUCAGUGUGAUAUUGUUGUGAGUUACACGGUCAGUGUGAUAUUGUUGUGAGUUACCCGGUCAGUGUGAUAGUGUUGUGAGUUACUUGGUCGGUGUGAUAUUGUUGUGAGUUACGCGGUCAGUGUGAUAUUGUUGUGUUACGUUUCUGUAGCUCAUGGUAGUUUCUGUUUCAGGUUCUCAGUGCUUCCGGCUUUCACGUCUUGGCUAUUGACUACAGAGGUAGGAAAAACCAAAUCAGACUCCCAGGGGGUGGGUUAAUCAAAGGGCUGAGGAUAGUGAAAGGGGAAAAUACCCCCUGAAAUUCUGCUGUAAUUUACAGACAAUGUACAAGCAGUGUGUUUCUGUUCCUAACCUACAGUACCACACAUGUGACACUAGGGGCUCUCUGUUACAAACAUAUUUUAAAGUUUCGAUACUUGUCUCUAAUAUGUGUCUUAGAAUGUCUUGUUAUCGCUGACAUUGGCCUCAAUUUAAUCAUCUUUCCAAAUGAUUCAAUACUGUUAGAAAACGUUGCAAAUAAUUUAUUUACAAACACUGCCAUAGAUGUUAAUGAUGACGUCUAAACUUUUUCUACCCGUAUAGAAUCGUUUGGUAAGAUUAUAGAGGACAAGGUUUGGUUUAGUUGGGAUUUAUUAAGUAGCUCGGAGUGUUUUAGUGCCCCAUGCGCCAUUCUUAGCGAGGCAAAAAUGCUAAAUAACCAACAGUUCCCAUGGAAACAAAGCUUUCAAUGUUUUUUUUAGUAUUUAGCCCUUUGUCCUUGAAUUGCUAAUAUUUCUUCCGUUACCCCGGGUUGAAUAAACUCUAUAUUGAGAGUCCCCGUGCCCGGUGUCUAUCCUGGAGUCCAUCUCUUCCUCUUCUCUUCCCAGGGUUUGCCGAUUCCACCGGAGAACCGAGUGAGGAGGGCGUGACGGAGGACUCUGUGUAUUUAUACCAAUGGGUGAAGGCUCGGAGCCGCGGGAGCCCUGUCUGUUUGUGGGGGCAUUCCCUGGGCACCGGGUAUGGAUCACAAUGCAUGUAGUUUGUAGCAAAUUAUAUAAAUGUAGAAAUAACGACAACUGCAAAUAUAUUAAUCUAUUCAGAAUAAACACGAGUUAGGACCCGUUAAACACUCCAUUUUAUGGGGACAUUUUUAAAGUAAAACCUUUACAUAUUAGAAGGUGUUCUACACAAACUCUUUAAAAUAUAUGUCAUCACCAAUGCUCAUUCACUACUUGAAAUAGUAGUGAAAACAGUUAUAUUAAAAGGGUAGUAGAUACCUGGAAUAGCCUUCCAGUGGGAGCAUUAACAGUGAUAUAGAAAGGGUAGUAGAUACCUGGAAUAGCCUUCCAGCGGAAGCAGUAAUAUAGAAAGGGUUAGUAGAUACCUGGAAUAGCCUUCCAGUGAAAGCAGUAACAGUGAUGUAGAAUGGGUAGUAGAUACCUGGAAUAGCCUUCCAGUGGGAGCAGUAACAGUAAUAUAGAAAGGGUAGUAGAUACCUGGAAUGGCCUUCCAGUGAGAGCAGUAACAGUGAUAUAGAAAGGGUAGUAGAUACCUGGAAUGGCCUUCCAGUGGAAGCAGUAACAGGGAUAUAGAAAGGGUAGUAGAUACCUGGAAUAGCCUUCCAGUGGGAGCAGUAACAGCGAUAUAGAAAGGGUAGUAGAUACCUGGAAUAGCCUUCCAGUGAGAGCAGUAACAAUGAUAUAGAAAGGGUAGUAGAUACCUGAAUAGCCUUCCAGUGGGAGCAGUAACAGCGAUAUAGAAAGGGUAGUAGAUACCUGGAAUAGCCUUCCAGUGGGAGCAGUAACAGUGAUAUAGAAAGGGUAGUAGAUACCUGGAAUAGCCUUCCAGUGGGAGCAGUAACAGUGAUAUAGAAAGGGUAGUAGAUACCUGGAAUAGCCUUCCAGUGGGAGCAGUAACAGUGAUAUAGAAAGGGUAGUAGAUACCUGGAAUAGCCUUCCAGUGGGAGCAGUAACAGUGAUAUAGAAAGGGUAGUAGAUACCUGGAAUAGCCUUCCAGUGGAAGCAGUAACAGGGAUAUAGAAAGGGUAGUAGAUACCUGGAAUAGCCUUCCAGUGGAAGCAGUAACAGGGAUAUAGAAAGGGUAGUAGAUACCUGGAAUAGCCUUCCAGUGGGAGCAGUAAUAGUGAUAUAGAAAGGGUAGUAGAUACCUGGAAUAGCCUUCCAGUGGAAGCAGUAACAGUGAUAUAGAAAGGGUAGUAGAUACCUGGAAUAGCCUUCUAGUGGGAGCAGUAAAGGUUAAUGCUCUGGAAUCUUGUGCUUUGUUGAAUCACACAUGCCACGAUGCUCAGUAAGCCCUAACAUUGUAGUUCGGGUUAGCCGGUGCUGCUUUAGUAGAUCUGCCGUUGAAGCAAUAAUCUGUCGUUAUUUGGACAUUCCAUUUCCUCUUUUUAUUUUCCAGAAUAGCAACGAACGCAGCCAAAACACUCCAAGAAAGGGGUGAGUAUUGGGCGGUACUAUCCCUGCAGUAUUUCUAUUCUCCCAGCUUGGAUUUGGCGGAUUGAAAUGCUCCUAUACUUCCUUUCUUGAUAAUUCUGGAUCUUCCAUUUCAGGGAACCCACCGGAUGCGGUUAUUCUAGAAGCGCCGUAUACUAACAUUCGGGAAGCCGGUGCUUAUCAUCCUUUUGGGAAAGUAAGUAAAUCCUUCACUGCAUCUAUGAAUCUUACGUUGCUUCCGAAUGUGGAGUUUAUUUAGUAAACGGGUAAUGGUUUGGAGAAAAUGCCCCGUGUAGUGUGUAAAUGGCAUGGCAGUCUAGAAUGCAGCAGGGCCAGCAUCCAACGCUAGCUCCAGGAGAGUUCUGGAAUGGAAACCUCAAACACUAACAAGGAUUAUGUUUCCUAGAUUUACCACAUGUUCCCCUGGUUUGAAUAUUUCUUCCUGGAUACAUUUGCUUUGAGCAAUAAUGUCUUUCCCAACGAUGAAAAGUAAGUAUUCCAUCCUUACUGACUGCCAUUCUAUACAGAGGGUGCGAUGCUUGUAGUCAUUAAAUGGGGCUGUAACAAUAGGGAUCACAGAUAUUAUGGCACCUGGGGGUCUGUGAGAAUGAGGAACCACAGGGGGCUCUGGAAUAUAUAUUAACAGGGCCUGUGUUUUAAAUACUUUGGGUCCAGUCCCUGCUUACUGUAAAGCCAUGUCUCAGCUCGGAGUCAUUAUUGGAGUUUUAUGAAAAGGGUUUAAGAACAAAGAGCUAAUGGAAUGAGAUUUUCCCCUUCUUGUAGUGUUAAAGUUCUCUCCAGCCCUCUCUUAAUACUGCACGCGGAAGAUGACCAAGUAGUUCCUUCGUCACUGGCCAAAAAGGUAAUUUACUUUUUAGAAACUUGCUCGUUUUUUUUGUUGGUUUUUUUUUUGUUUAUCAGGAAAUAUUUAAAAACAACAUGAAUCACUACACACAGGGACCUUAAAAGGUUUUUGGAUUUUUUACCUUCUGCAGGUUGGACAAAUAUUGCCUCUCACGACUGGCGUAUGCUGUUUUUUUUGUUAUUUUGGCCCAACAUUUGAACAUGUAAAUUAGCGUCGCUUUCUGAAGUGCUUUACUUGUUAAGUUUAUCCUAUUUUUUCAUUUUAGAAAUUUUUUUUUAAAUAAACCUUGUGACACCCCCUGACUGCAAAUCAGACACACUGUCCUGUUACUUCCUGGUUUGUUUAGCUCAGUGGAGAUAAACUCAAGAGGCAGCACUUGCCCAGAACACCUGCCUUGCAAAGACUUCUCAUUGAGCGGCAUUGGGAAGCCUGUGAUUGGACAGCCACAGAAAGUCUGGGCGUGGUCAGAAGGGGAGGGCUUGUAAAGGUUGCAGACAAGAAAUCUGCAGCUUUAUUAAGCUGUUAAGAUUUACUUCCAAUAAAACCAGUGAAUUUUUUUUCUCAUUUUGUCUCUCUAACCAUCAAUCUUCUGUAUGGGCAGAGAAGGAAAUAAAAUUGAGUCCAUAAAGAUAUUUUGCAUAUUAGCUAGUCCUAAAUCUGCUUGUCUCAUGUAGGUCUCAGUAGACAUUUAGUAACCGGUCUAUAUGGGUGAUUUAACACAAAGCACGAGAGUCAUUUUAAUUUCACCUAUUUACCAAUGAACAUUAUUCUCCACAGCUCCAUGAAACAGCCCUGAUGGCUCCUCAUUCCCGGGAGGUUAAGCUGGUUUUAUUCCCUGCGGCUCUUGGCUACAAACACAAGUUUAUUUAUAAAGACCCCAAACUGCCAGGCAUAAUAUGGUAAGGAAUGGUUCGGUCACGGUUUGGUCUAUUGUGUUAGAGCAUGGUGUAAGUUAUAAAAGCCAUGGUCAGGUUUAUACUUUGAUUAGGUUUUAGACCGACGUAUUAAUAGAACGCUAGAUUAGACAUUUUUGGAUGUUAUGGGAAGGUCUUUAAUGUGCCAGACUGUGAAAUAGCUGUAGAGGAUGGAAGAUAGCCCUCUAUGUUGAGUCAGAAGAGUGGUGAUAGUCUUGGUAACCCAGUAUAUACUGCAACAACAGGCAGGUGAGGGUAGGGCAACUCAAAUUAAGUUUCUCCCCAUCAUGGUUAUGUAGGCCGAGCUGGAUUAACAGCCCUGUAUGUAGCUGAACAGCGAAACCAUUGCAAUGAAACGUUGUAAUGCAGGUUCUAGAAUGGAGUGUAGCGUAGCAGGUUAUGUUAUCCAGGACGGCUAAGCAGAAAGACAUCCAUUAACGCAGGUUUGUGCUUUGUGUAGGAAUUUCCUGAACUCCAUCUAAAUUGUGGAAUCUGUACCUGGAAAUAUACUGGGCCGCAGCCAGACACCGUCUAUGUUUGCACAUUUCUCAAUAAAUACACAUUUUGUUUAUUCACCUCGAGCAGUGUGAUGAAUUUCCAAAGCUUUGGUAAAACAAACUAGAUCUGAGAGUGACUGACUUAUAACCCAGGCAAAAACC